GUUCGACCAUCUCAAAGAGCCCCGCCCCGAGUGCGAGCGCGUCGUGCUCAGCAACGCCAUGAUGUCGAUUUUCCCAAACUUUGCGGCGAUUGUGAUGUACAAGUACAGCCGCAUCCAGCAGGCCCUGGACAAUCUGGCUAAGCUCCCGACGAAGGAGCUCAUGCGAUACAUGGUCGACGAAGUGAGCGGGUACGUAAG